CCAGGCCUGGCACCAGAGGGGGGCCCCGGUGACCCGCGUCCUGGCAAGGGAAACCAAGAUCCAAUUUUUGUAGUCAUCAUAGGGUUUUAGAGUCAAACUUUCUCUGGUCCCUCACCUAAGACCUGUUUGCCAUGGCUGACACUUACAGGGUGUGUGCACAGACUCCAUAGGUGUGAGUGACAGAAGCCGGGACCAUGCCGGACUUUCGAAACCAUUUGAGGGUGCGACGAGGCCUCACCUUCAUCACAGGCCUGGUGGAGUGUCUGUGUUUUGCGGGCAUUAUAUUUGGGUGGGCUUCACUCGUCUUUGUCCUCAAGGCAGAUGGUUACUUCAACUAUCUGUGUGUCAACGCCACAGGAAUCAAUGGUUCGCAGGUCGUAGAUUGCAGCGGCCAGGAUGAGCAGUUCUCGCUGGUCUUCACCAUUGCAUCUUUCAUGAAUAAUUUUGUCACAGUGGCGAGUGGUUUUAUAUUUGACCACUUUGGCACCACGGUGGCUCGGCUCUUGGGAAUAGCUUUUCACACUGUGGGUACCUUCAUGGUGGCAUUCUCAAAUUCAGCUCUGUCCAUCCUGCUUUUCCCAGCACUCUCCUUUAUAGCUGUGGGCGGAAUCAUGUUGCUCAUCACCAAUAUGCAGGUGGGAAACCUUUUCGGGACCCGCCGUUCGACCGUCAUCACUCUCUACAAUGGGGCCUUUGACUCGUCCUCAGCCCUCUUCUUAGUCAUCAAGUUGGUAUACGAGUCUGGGAUCUCUCUCCAUGCCUGCUUCCUGUUCUUGUCUGUCUGUAGCAUCAUUCAUGUGCUCAGGACAUUCUUCCUGUUUCCCAGAACCUUCAUUCCAUACCCACUGCCUGAUCACUACUCAUACGGGCUCUCCUGCAGCAAAUUAUCUGCUGCCAAGCGCUCUAUGAAUGUGAGAUCAGAGAAGAACACAGAGACGGAGCAGUUUUCAAGUGAGCCACCAGCCAAACAAGAGAAAACGUUACGCGAAUGUGUUCUGUCCAGAUUAUUCAUAUGGCAUGUAAUCUGGUUGUCAGUAAUCCAACUGAGACAUUAUCUCUUCAUUGGCACACUCAACUCCACGCUGCAGAAGCUCACAAAUGGGGAGCCUUCACUCGUGAGCCAGUACAUCAACGCAUUUGCCUUCACCCAACUGUGCGGAGUGUUAUGUGCUCCCUGGAAUGGCCUCAUCAUGGACAGAAACAAGUGCAAACCCCGGGCGGAAGGUAUGAGUGAACAAGAGGCAGACCUAAAUUCUUCAGUUCUUUCUCUCUUCCUGACAUCACUUAUGGCAUUGGUGUUCUCAGUUUGUGCUGCUACGCCGUUCCUACCACUUCAGUACAUUACCUUCAUAAUGCAAGUGCUCAAUCGCUCCUUCCUCUAUGGUGGCAAUGCAGCAUUUCUCAGUGUGGCUUUCCCAUCGUGCCACUUUGGGAAGCUGUAUGGCCUCAUCAUGGCUGUGUCGGCAGUCUUCUCUUUGCUGCAGUAUGCCUGCUUUGCUUUGGUAAAAUCAUUCCUGCACGGAGAUCCUUUAUAUGUGAACAUCACUCUGACGCUGGUCAUCUUGCUCGCCUUCAUCCACCCUUUGUCUGUUUUUUUGCACUGUCGACGUCUUGUAUCACAGCGAGCAAAAAGCCACCUUUAAUAGCAGUAAAAAGAGUAAUUUUUCUCAAUAUUA